AUGAAUCACGAUUUCGGGCGUGUUCCGUUGACGGAUGCACCCCGUAGCACCUUUGAUAGGUCUCACGGCUACAAAACUUGCUUCAAUUCGGGUAAGUUGAUUCCGAUUGAGGUACAGGAAGUUUUGCCAGGAGACGAAGUGAAAAUGGAUGCCAACAUUUUCGCCCGAUUGUCGCAAACUGUCACCCCAGUGAUGGACAAUGUGUUUUUGGACAUUCAUUGGUUCUAUGUUCCUUCUCGUCUCCUCUGGACUAAUUUUGUUAGGAUGAUGGGUGAGCGCCCGAAUCCGAAAGACAGUAUUGAUUAUACUGUGCCUGUUAUCAAUAGUGGUGAGUUUGGAUUUGACAUUGGCUCGUUGGCUGAUUAUUUCGGUAUUCCGACGGGCGUUGCAAAUCUUGAUGUCAAUGUUUUGCCGUUUCGCGCAUAUGCCAAGAUUUGGGAUGAUUGGUAUCGUGACACGAAUUUGCAGGACAGCAUCAUCAAUGUGGAACAGGAUUUGGGCGAUUCCAAUCCUAACUCCAUUGAUUGGAAUAAAUUGCUCCCUCGUGGCAAGAAGAAAGACUAUUUUACCUCUUGCUUACCUUCUCCUCAACGGGGAGAUGCCGUCACUGUGCCGCUCGGUUCUACCGCUCCUGUUUACGGCAUUAAUGGUGUUCCGUUGCAGUUGGUUAGUUAUGACACUACUGAUCCUUCUUAUUCCGAUAAGGUUUUUCCUGUCAAAGCCACCGGUGGCGGCGAAUCGUCCACGCUUUCCGCCACCAACAAUCCCGAAUAUGGCGGCACUGGCGACGCCUUGAAUGGUCAAUAUUUGCGCAUUGCGUCAAAGGGUGAGUUGGUUUCUUAUCCCGCCCAGUUGGAAGCCGAUUUGUCCGCGGCGGCUAAUGUCAGCGUGAAUUCGUUGCGUACUGCGUUCCAGUUGCAACGGCUUCUUGAGACUGACGCUCGUGCGGGCAAUAGGUUGCAACGCAGUGAGUACCUUGGUGGCGAAUCCAAAAUUAUCGGUAUGUCGGUAGUUAGUCAGACCUCGGCAACUGGUGAUUCAACUACUCCCCAAGGCAAUAUGGUUGCCAAUGGCACUGGUAAGAGCGUGACGGAUGUCAAUGAUGGCAGUGUUGUUGACGAUAAGGUUUUUGGUUAUCAAGAGCGAUACGCCGAAUAUCGGUACAAUCCGUCUGUCAUCACUGGCAAGAUGCGUUCGUCAGCGGCUGAUAGUUUGGAUGUUUGGCAUUUGUCGCAGUAUUUCAGCGAACUUCCUACUUUGUCCGCUGAAUUUAUUGAGGAUAAUCCGCCGUUGGCUCGGAUUAUGGCAGUACCUUCUGAACCCGAAAUCAUUUUGGAUGCCUAUUUGGCUCAAAAAUGGACUAGGGCAAUGCCCGUGUAUUCCGUUCCGGGAUUGAUUGAUCACCUCUAA